ACGAAACGUCCAUAAUUAGGCACGGCCCACUACUUUUCAACCUAAAAGAGCCAUGGAGGAAGUGAACCAGUUACUGUGUGGCGAUGGGACUUUCCAGCAGAUGGCCCUGCAGGAUGGGAAUUGGGGCUACGGUACGGUCUAUCCCUGACUCAAAGUGAUCCUUUGAUAAACCUAUUUGCAGAGCGGGGCUCUCCUUUUAUAUUGUUAUGCGGCCAGGAGCCGCGAAACAAACACUAGCGCUGCAGAUUGCUAUUCAGGUUGACGUAGACGUUUGGGGUGGUAAAAGUGGAGCGAGCGGGCACUUCCAGAAACCGCUCUUGCUAUGGCGACCUACGUGAGUGAGCUUGAAGUGGCCAAGAAGAACUUAAGCGAGGCUCUGGGCGAAAAUGUGAAGCAAUACUGGGCUAAUUUGAAACUGUGGUUUAAGCAAAAGAUUAGCAAGGAAGAAUUUGACCUAGAAGCUCGGAGGCUUCUCACACAAGACAAUGUUCACUCUCACAAUGAUUUCCUUUUGGCUAUUUUGACAAGAUGCCAAAUCUUGGUUUCCGCACCUGAGGGUGCUGGCUCUCUGCCAUGGACAGGAGGUUCUGCAACAAAACCUGGCAAGCCCAAAGGGAAGAAGAAGUUUUCUUCUGUUCGACAGAAGUUUGAUCACCGGUUCCAGCCGCAGAAUCCAUUAUCUGGAGCGCAGCAGUUUGUGGCCAAGGACCCCCAAGAAGAUGAUGAUUUGAAGCUCUGUUCACAUACAAUGAUGCUUCCCACUUGGGGCCAACUGGAGGGCAGGAUGAUUGUGACUGCUUAUGAGCAUGGUCUGGAUAAUGUCACUGAAGAGGCAGUGACAGUUGUUGUCUAUGCUGUGGAGAAGCAUCUUAAGGAUAUCCUCACAUCGAUAAUAUCCAGGAGAAAGGCCUACCGUCUGCGAGAUGGCCACUUCAAGUAUGCUUUUGGAAGCAACGUCAAUCCUCAGCCUUACCUGAAGAACAGUGUAGUUGCUUACAAUAAUUUAACAGAGUGUCCCCCAACCUGCUUGGCUCCCCCUCCUGGUCAAAUCCUUGCUUCCCACCCACCUCCUGAUGAUGCUGAGCAGCAAGCAGCCCUCUUCCUGGCGUGUUCUGGAGACACUUCACCAGCCACCCUGCCACCAGUGAACAUGUAUGAUCUCUUUGAGGCACUACAGGUCCAUCGAGAAGUGGUCCCUGCUCACACAGUCUAUGCUCUCAAUAUUGAAAGAAUCAUCUUGAAGCUCUGGCACCCAAACCACGAGGAGCUGCAGCAAGACAAAAUCCACAGGCAGCGUUUGGCUGCCAAGGAAGGGCUUCUGAUGUGCUGACACGGCAGCCUCACACCAGUGCUCACUACAGACUGGGUUGGUAAUUCUUGGGCCUGCCAGUUGGCUUUGACUUUAGGACCACAGAACUUCCAUUAUUGUGCCAGCAUUUCCCAGUGGAAAUAUGGACAUCUUUCCUAUGGAAAAAAUGACUUGAGAAAUGAGAAUGCAUUGUGUUUGCUACCAGAAAGCCAUAUAGCAUAAACGUUGCUCUGGCUGCUUUAAGGACUUCAUUGCUUUGCUGAGAAACCGGUCAAUCAAAGUGAGCAGAAGUCACUCUGAGAAGAUUUACGUCACGCUAGAAAGGGAACUUUUUCUACAGAAAGUCCACUUCUUUUAUUAGUCGCAGAUAAUUGUGUUCAGCAGGCAGUCCAUUUCUGCCCUGCAGAGAUCAACAGAGACUGUUGCCAAAUAUUAGAGUUGCAUUUAAACUUCUGCCCUGGGUUGCCUUUGAAGCAGGAAAAGUGCAUGUGGGCAAAGAGCUGUGUUUAGUUUUUGGAUUGCAUUCAUUUUGAAUACUGUAGAUUUAGGACAAAUGGAGAAAUCCUACUCCAUGCUAAUAAACUUGAUUGUAAGACA